ACAACAUCAACUCCUCGGCGAUAAAUUCGCCGUCGACUGCAACAUCAGGGCGGGGGGCGGGUCACCGCCAAGUUCUUGCCACCAUGGGUGCUGUGCCUCUGCUCUCCGAGCAGGAUCAUGGUGGUCAACAGCACGGUGCGAGCGUAUUUGUGAGUGCUGCGGCACAGCAACUCACCGCAUCAUCCUCUUCUUGUUGCUCAUCUUCCUCGUCCUCCUCUAGUGCAGCAGCCUCGUCGGCGACCACCGCCUCUGCUCCCGGGGCAGUGUGGGGCGGCGGGGUGACUACAACAUCGACAAUAAACAGCCUUUCAUCAACCUCUGGCUCGGGGGCCACUACCGGCCCCACGCCAACAGGCAUGCCAUUACCCGCAGCGACGAUUUUUCACAACACAGGAGCUGGAAGUUGUACUACCAGCGGCGUUAACGGCACGUCGCGGGGUGGAACCAGUACAGCUAUGGGCGGUGGUGGGCAGCUUCUCGCCGGAACAACUACGAGCAGUACUAGCAGCACCUCGUCAGUAAUCUUCACUGCUGUAACUACGCCGAGUGGGGAUGGUGCAGCAACUUCUUCUAGUGCAACGAACCGAAUGAGCAGCAACAGCAGCGCAGGGGGAGGAACUUCUGGACCGCCAGUUCUAGUGCACAACAACUUUUCAGCUGCUCACACGCCCAAAAGCAGCGAGCUGAGCAAUUCGCAGACGAGGGUAAACGCCGUGCGGACCCCGCCGAACUGUGGUUCGGAGACGCCGCCGGCUGUGGGGCACAGUAGCUCGAGGAACAGCAACCAUGGGGACAGCAAUAUCAUGGGAACGAGCGGCGAUCUGAACAAGUCCAAACGGAUUUUACGGCUUUUCUCGCCAUUGCAGGGACCGGGACGCUAUCGCAUGGAUGCAAAUGCAGAGAUGAAGAAGAAGUGCUAGCACGCAAGCAAAGUAAAAUCGCGGUUUUGCCUCUGGAUUCGCUAUCUGCAUCGACGCAUUUUCGAUGCUCCUGGAUUCGCUAGCAUCUACAAGAUCUCUCUAUCGAAUGCGGAAAAAGUGCUUGUACUUAUAAUUAAUUUUUGCAAUGAUCUCGAUGACGCUCCUCGUAGUUAGCAAGUAUGUGUGUCAUGCUUGCUUCUACUUCAACAUCAACUUCUUUUUCCCUGCAUAGACGGAGCAAGGAGGGUAGCAAGGAGCAAACGAAGAAGAGCUGGAAUGAAGUAGUUGGGAAAGUGCAGAAAAGUGACGGUAUAUUGAUAUCUCGAUCGUUCUUUUUUGUCUAAAUGUUGCAUGUAAGACGAUGGAUCAUCAUCUUCUUCAUUUUCAUGGAUGGCGAGUCAGUUGUGCACACGUCCAAAGAGCAAUCGCACCGGCGCGACAUCAGGAAUACUCUUUUCGAUUUUCUGUCUCUGACAAACCUCAAAGUAUAAAUCGGUAGUAGAAGAUCAAUUUUUUUUGGCCCUUAAACAUCAGGUAGUGUCCGUGCCUCUCCGCCCGGGAGUGGCGCUCCCGCGCGACCCCGAAGCCACGACGGCAACACCCCCGACAGUAGCACCUCCGCGCACGCGGUAGCCAUGCCAGAGCCGCUGCGUCAGUACCACCUGUCGGUUUUGGAUCAGAAUUGCUCCACGAGCACGACGGGCUCGAGCCGAACCUCCCUGCCAUUUCGAAGCAAGGGGCUGAUACGGUAAAUGAAGAGCUGAACUUUGUUUAUAUUCCACUAACAAACUUGAUCUGAUGUGAGGCUCUCGUCUCAGUGCUGGUAAUAUAAGAAGUUCAAGUUUAUUGCGUGGUUCGUUGUCAUGUCUGUAUCUAACACUGCCACUCUAAGACACUCCAACUCCUACAACUUCGACGAGAUGAUAUUCACAUUCAUCAGCUUCCUCUUUCAACAGGUAUUUGAAGGAGGUCCUGACACAAAUCGACACCAACAUGCGCAACGGGCACAUUCCGAGCAAGGAGAAAUUUGAGAGAUUUCAUUCGCAGCUUGUGGAAGCGGUCAGGAAAUGGACCCGACCAGCAACUGGGCAUGACAUGGUAUUUUUAUAAGUAAGUAAUUUCAUCUGAAUUUCUUUUGUCACAGUCACGCUUGAUGUGGAAAAACAUUUUCAGUGAUAGUCGACAUCGAGUAGCACUAGAACAUGACUAUGCUAGUACAACAUACGAAUCAAUGGCUUUCUCCCAUAUUGCAAUGUGCUCAGCAGCUUUCUACGUUGAUUUCCAAAAAAUAUCAGAUCCAGCUUGCAGAAAUUCUGGCUCCCCUGAGGCAAAAGAUAGAAGGCCCUGUGGAGUUACACAAGACUCUGCGGAGACUGGUGAGAAGGUUAAUGGUCUACGAACGGCCUCGCGGUGGCGGAAGCCACGACGAGCCUCGCAGCUCCACGCGGUGA